ACAAAGGGAGUGGCUGGCAUUGGGAAAACAGUCUUAACACAGAAAUAUACCCUGGACUGGGCUGAAGACAAAGCCAACCAGGACAUCCAGUUCAUAUUUCCAUUCACUUUCAGAGAGCUGAAUGUGCUGAAAGAGGAAAAGUUCAGCUUGGUGGAACUUGUUCAUCACUUCUUUACUGAAACCAAAGAAGCAGGAAUCUGCAGCUUUGAAGACUUCCAGGUUGUGUUCAUCUUUGAUGGUCUGGAUGAGUGUCGACUUCCUCUGGACUUCCACAAAAAUACAAUCCUAACUGACCCUAGAAAGUCCACCUCAGUGGAUGUGCUGCUGACAAACCUCAUCAGGGGGAAGCUGCUUCCCUCUGUUUACCUCUGGAUAACCACACGGCCUGCAGCAGCCAAUCAGAUCCCUCCUGACUCUGUUGGUAUGAUGACAGAGAUCAGAGGGUUCAAUGACCCACAGAAGGAGGAGUACUUCAAGAAGAGAUUCAGAGAUGAGGAGCAGGCCAGCAGGAUCAUCUCCCACAUCAAGAUAUCACGAAGCCUCCACAUCAUGUGCCACAUCCCAGUCUUCUGCUGGAUCACUGCUACAGUACUUGAGGAUGUCUUGAAAACCAGAGGAGGAGGACAGCUGCCCAAGACUCUGACUGAGAUGUAUAUCAACUUCCUGGUGGUUCAAGCCAAAAUGAAGAAGGUCAAGUAUGAUGGAGGAGCUGAGACAGAUCCACACUGGAGUCCAGAGAGCAGGAAGAUGAUGGAGUCUCUGGGAAAACUGGCUUUUGAUCAGUUGCAGAAAGGAAACCUGAUCUUCUAUGAAUCAGACCUGACAGAGUGUGGCAUCAAUAUCAGAGCAGCCUCAGUGUACUCAGGAGUGUUCACACAGAUCUUUAAAGAGGAGAGAGGACUGUACCAGGACAAGGUGUUCUGCUUCAUCCAUCUGAGUGUUCAGGAGUUUCUGGCUGCUCUUCAUGUCCAUCUGAGCUUCAUCAACUCUGGACUCAAUCUGCUGGAAGAACAACAAACCACCUCCAAGUGGUCUAGCUUUUUUAGAAAAAAAGAGUCUCUCCACCAGAGUGCAGUAAACAAGGCCUUACAGAGUCCAAAUGGACACCUGGACUUGUUCCUCCGCUUCCUCCUGGGUCUUUCUCUGCAGACCAAUCAGACUCUCCUACAAGGUCUGCUGACACAGACAGGAAGUAGCUCACAGACCAAUCAGGAAACAGUCCAGUACAUCAAGAAGCAGCUCAGUGAGAAUCUGUCUGCAGAGAAAAGCAUCAAUCUGUUCCACUGUCUGAAUGAACUGAAUGAUCGUUCUCUAGUGGAGGAGAUCCAGCAGUCCCUGAGUUCAGGAUGUCUCUCCGCAGAUGAAUUAUCUGCAACUCAGUGGUCAGCACUGGUCUUCAUCUUACUGUCAUCAGAAAAAAAUUUGGAUGUGUUUGACCUGAAGAAAUACUCUGCUUCAGAGGAGGCUCUUCUGCGGCUGCUGCCAGUGGUCAAAGCCUCCAGCAAAGCUCUGUAA